AUGGCGACCGCUUCAUCUUCUCCACCACCUCCUUCUUCAGACUCUCCAAGCGAGGAAACGCAGACUAAUCAAGAGGCGAUGAAGCAAGAUGUGCUCAAUGAAACUACAGAGGAGGUCACAUACAAGACGAAAUCGAUUCAGUUCCUUGGACGAAACACGCCAAUCAUUCUCCAGAACGAAAAUGGACCUUGCCCUCUUUUAGCCAUUUGCAAUGUUCUUCUGUUGAGAAACAACUUGAAGCUAAAUCCUGACGCUUAUGAGGUUUCGCAAGAGAGAUUGUUGUCCCUUGUGGUCGACAGACUGAUUGAUUCCAAUAGUAAAGUCAAUAACAAAGAAGAAGGGUAUAUUGAGAAUCAGCAACAGAACAUUGCUGAUGCAAUUGAUCUUCUUCCACGCCUGACGACUGGAAUCGAUGUCAAUAUUAAAUACAGGAGGAUUGAUGAUUUUGAGUUCACACCUGAGUGUGCUAUAUUUGAUUUGCUUGACAUUCCCUUGUAUCAUGGAUGGAUAGUUGAUCCUCAGGAUGUUGAAGCAGCUAAUGCAAUUGGAAGCAAGUCAUAUAACGCAUUAAUGGGUGAGCUCGUUGCACUGGAGACGCAGACUGUAGAGGCUCAAGGUCAAGGGGAUCAAAAUCCCGGAGAAGAUUCUGUUGAUUUUGCUGCGGCAACCACUGCAGCUUUAGGGGUUCCUUCACCAUCUCUCACGAAAACAAGAUCUUUUGAUGAUUCUCCACCUGCCGCAGUAGAGCACCGUAAACUGAGAAAGGGAGAUCUUGAAGAAGAAACAGAGUUAUUGCAAGCCUUGCAAUUAUCACAAGGGCAGGGGGAUGAUUCUGCACCAAACACUCACGGAGACUCAACUAAUCUUGAUUCUACAUUCACCUUUUCAGAUCCUAAUCAAACUAGUCCCCGUGCUGACAAUAUCAAUCACAGUCACCUGGAACAGUUUAAAAGUGACAAUGAUAAAGCUGAAGCAUUAGAAAAUGACGAAGUUGGGGAAUUCCCGACAUCGGUUACAGUUAAAAAUGGGGAUCUUGACCAUGAUCAGUUAUCUUCUAAGGAAUCUGGACAAGAGACGGGACAUGAUGUAACUUCUUUUGAGUCUCUUUCAAUGGAGAAGACUAAUCUGGAGUCAACCAAAGUUGAAUGCACUUCUGAGAGUCUACCGAAGUCUGAUGCAAAUUCUGUUAAUCCAGAUUUUAGCUUUAGAUUCCAGAAUGACGAUGCACCCGAUGCUCUCACGUCACCCUUAUCUACUGACGAACCCAUGUAUGAAGGUGAGGAAUGUGUAAACGCAGUGGCUCCAGUUUCUGCAGACAAAGAGCCUGUUUAUGAAGGCGAGUCACUUCUUGGUAAGAAGAGUGUUGCUGAUUGUUCUUCUGAAGGAAAGCCUACAGAUGGACUCACAGCAGAAGAAGGUGAACUAAUCAGGAAUUUCAUGAAGAAUAGUGCCAGUCAAUUGACAUUUUGUGGACUAUUUCGCUUGCAAGAAGGCCUCAAAGAACGUGAACUCUGUGUUUUUUUCCGCAACAAUCAUUUCUGCACCAUGUUCAAGUAUGAAGGUGAACUUUAUCUCUUGGCUACAGAUCAAGGUUACCUGAAUCAGCCUGAUUUGGUUUGGGAAAAGCUAAACGAGGUUAAUGGUGACACAGCGUUCAUGACUAGCACCUUCAAGGACUUCAAGAUUGACAGCAACACGACAGGCGCUAGUGGCACGUGGGAUGAACAAAACGCAGUCACAAAUACUGCUGAUUAUCUUGCCAGCAUCAACAGUGUCCAGGACACAGGCAUAGAUGUCAACUCUGAUCUACAACUGGCGAUAGCUUUGCAACAACAAGAGUUCGAGGACCAGAGCCCACGCAGUAACCCAACUCCACAACCAACGGGUGUUGCUGCGUCUCGACUCAUCACUGGUCCACAGGUACCAAGGAGCAGCAACAGGCCAUCAUCAGCUGCUUCGUCUGCGUCUUCAAGACAAGAAGGCAAAUCCCCUAAAGAUAGCAAAUGUAGAAUCAUGUAA